AACCCAAAUCCCUCAGGCUGUAUAAAAGGGCACCAGUCCACUUUUGGCUGGAGACCCUUUAAACACACACAGCAAGUGGACACUGAGACUCUAGACUUGACUAAACUUGUGUUUACACUCUUGAGAAGAUGGCAGAAGGUGAUUUCUACCCCCUGGGGAGCAGACAGAGGUUGACACGUGACCCUUUCUCUACGCACUUCAUGGAUCCGGACUUUUCUGUGCCCAUGUCCGCGUUCCCGGAGGAUCUGUCUCUAGACUGGCCAGGCUGGGCGCGCCCCCGCCUCAGCGCGCGCCUCGGCUCACCGUGGACGGGCUCGUUCCCGCGCUCUUCGUUCCCGCGCACCUCCAUGAGCGCGCAAACCCCUCGAGGCGCGCCGCCGAUGGACCCGGAUGAGCCGUGGAAAGUGUGCGUGAACGUGCACAGUUACAGACCGGAAGAGCUGACUGUCAGGACUAAGGACGGGUUUGUAGAAGUUUCAGGUAAACAUGAAGAGAAGCAGGAUGAGGGAGGAAUCGUGACGAAGAACUUCACAAAGAAAAUUCAGGUCCCAGUGGAUGUGGACCCACUAACGGUGUUUGCGUCUCUUUCUCCUGAGGGAGUGCUGAUCAUCGAGGCGAGACAGACUCCUCCAUAUUACCUGUACAGUAACGAGGCUCAGACUGAGCCCAUGGAGGAACAAACCAAACCACAGGAAACUUCCACGGCUUAAAUACCCACUUCCUCUAAUCUACAGUGGGUGGAGAUGUGAUUUUGUACUAAAUCCUUACUGCAAUUUCCAACUUGAAAUGUUGUUUAAUGUAAACGUGUGGUGAAAUUUCUGAAAGACGAACGGCAAAGACAAGCUAAAUGUCACAAAGUGUUACGCUAAUCUCGGGUGUAUGAGAUGGUUUGUGUGAUUGUGUGGUGCGGUUAAAUGACAUCAUGUUGCUCUUCCUUGUUGCUAGGUAACCUAGCUAGCCGUACUUUCUUGUGCUCCUGUGCUAGCUACAAUCACAUGACUAAGUUAGCAUCCUGAAUGAACAAAUAAUACAAACGCAUUACCUCAGCUUUUUUUCUGCUGUUGUGCACAAAGAAAGAUGUUAAAAAAAUUAGUUAGAAUUAAAAACCAUUUGGCAGAUUCUUUGCUCUAGAACAUAUAUAUAAAAAAGUUAGCAAUUUCUCGUUAAGCUAAUUUUAUUUUCUUAAAGCUUUUUUUAUAGACACUAUUAUAUUAGCCUUCUUGCAGAGUUUGGUUUCAGCUGAAAAUCUAACAAUAGUGUGUUUGGUUGAUACUAACUGUAUCCACACAGCAGGUUAUUGCUAGCUAAGUAAAUUAGCAAGCAAUUAAGGAAAUUUCCAAUAUGUAAGAAGACAUCUUACUAAAAGUUUUUAUGGUGUUACAGUCUGAGUUUCACCAAGACGAAUAAGAAUAAACAGAGACAUUUUCAGUAACGGAUUGGCCAUAGCAUUUCUAAGAAAAGGAGGUAAAAAUGUUUUUUAGCAUUUUUUAUUGUUACGAACAACAGCUAACACAGCAUUAUCGUUUCUGCUUUAGUUAGAUUGGUUAGCGAGCAUGCAGUAACUUCUAGUGCUUUCUUUAACCUGCUAGCUAACUUUAAGUGAAAAUGUAAAAGCUGCUGCAUAAAGUUACUUCAAAAUUUGACUUUAUUUGGCUAAUGAACAUUUUAGCAGACAGGCUAAAUCAAGUAAAGGAAGCUACUAGCAUUAAAGCUGAAGCUAAAAAAAUCAUUUAGCCGAAUCAACAUGUGCAGACACAUUUAUGGAGGAAGAUGAUCAAAGUGCGAUUGCACCAAUACACCCAAACGUGUGUGUGUGUGUGUGUCUGUGUGUACGAGAUAGAGAGAAAGUUGUGCUUGAGUGUUGAUGAAAGCCAACUUGUUUUUAUUUUUCUCCCAGAGAUUCAGUGUGUGUUGUAACUAAACAUAUUAACAAGUGAACAACUGAUUUAUCUUUAGUGAAAUAUCAGUUUUAUCAUUUAGUGUUUUUUCAGGGUUUUUUUUUCUGAUACUUCACUGGGUGUAAAUAUACUGUUUGUAAUUCGUACUGAGAAAAUCUAUGCAAUAAAAUGUCUUACACAAA